CAAAAUAGCUAAAAAAAAUGUCACAACCAAACAAAAUGUUCAAGUGUCUGCUGCUGCUGUUGGCCCUUGUGGCGCUGGUCAGCGCCGAGCUGCACCGCGUACCCAUACACAAGCACCAGCACAAGAAGACACGCCAGCAUCUAAAGUCGGCCACCCGCUGGCUGCACCAGAAAUACCAUCCGCAGCAGCAGGAGCUAUAUGUGCCGGAUUAUGCGGCGCCCAACUAUGAUUAUCCCAGCAGCGAUGAGAGCAGCGAGAGCAGCGAUGACUACACAAUCGAGACGCUGUCCAACAACCAGAAUAUGGACUACUACGGGGUGAUUGGCAUUGGCACGCCCGCGCAGUACUUCAAUGUGGUCUUCGAUACGGGCUCUGCGAAUCUGUGGGUGCCAUCGGUGCAGUGUCUGCCCAGCGAUGUGGCCUGCCAGAAUCACAAUCAAUACAAUUCAAGCGCCUCCAGCACGUAUGUGGCCAAUGGCCAGAGCUUCUCCAUACAGUAUGGCACGGGCAGUCUGACCGGCUUUCUGUCCACCGAUACGGUCACCAUCAAUGGCCUGAGCAUUGCGUGUCAGACCUUUGGCGAGGCGAUUUCCCAGCCAAAUGGCAGCUUCACUGGCGUGCCGUUCGAUGGCAUCCUGGGCAUGGGCUACAGCACCAUUGCCGUGGAUCAGGUGGUGCCGCCCUUCUACAAUCUCUACGAACAGGGUCUGAUCGAUGAGCCCAGCUUUGGCUUCUAUCUGGCACGCACUGGCUCCGCCCAGGACGGUGGCCAGCUGGUGCUCGGUGGCGUCGAUUAUCAGCUCUUCAGCGGCAAUCUGACCUAUGUCCCAGUCUCCCAGGAAGGCUACUGGCAAUUUGUGGUGACCAGCGCCGUGAUGAAUGGCUUUGUUGUUUGCUCAAAUUGCCAGGCAAUUGCCGAUACGGGCACCUCCCUGCUGGCCUGCCCUGGCAGCUCCUACACGCAGCUCAAUCAGCUGAUCGGUGGCUACCUUAUGGACGGUGACUACUAUGUGGACUGUUCCACGGUGGAUUCUCUGCCCGUGCUUAGCUUUAACAUUGGCGGCAGCAUCUUCAACCUGCCCGCCUCCGCGUACAUAAGCAGCUUCACGGAGAACAACACCACCUUCUGCAUGUCCAGCUUUACGUAUAUCAACACCGACUUUUGGAUUCUUGGUGAUGUCUUCAUCGGCCAGUUCUAUACACAAUUCGAUUUCGGAGAGAAUCGCGUGGGCUUUGCACCUGUGGCUUAAGCUGCGAACCAUUCUCGAUGAAAACUCAGUGUGCACUGAGUAUCAUAACUCAAUGGAAUGAAAUGAAACAAUCAGAAUUAAACGAUAAAAACGUUUGAAAAAUUACACAAAAAAAAGAA